AUGAGAGCAAGAACAAAUUCAACAUUCAGUGAGUUCUUACUUCGCGUGAGUAACGGAGAUGAACCAACAAUAAGAGACAAUUUAAUCCUUCUCCAUGAACAGUUGACUGUCAAGCAUUCUCGGGAUGGAUUUCCAGAAGAAUCCAUAAUACAAGAGAUAUUUCCAAACAUGCAAGAAAAUGCUUCUACGGCAAAAUAUGUCACUGAAAGAGCUAUUUUAGCAAGCAGAAAUGACCAUGUGGAUAAACUUAAUGACAAGUUAAUAGCCAUGUUCCCAGGUGAAAGCAAGAUAUUCAAUAGCUUUGACUUAGCAGAAGAUGACACCAACAACUAUUACCAAGAAGAAUAUCUAUAUACUUUAACACCAAUCGGUCUCCCGCCACAUAGGUUAGAAUUGAAGGAAAAUGCACCCAUCAUGUUGCUAAGGAAUUUAGACCCUUCAAGUGGCUUAUGCAAUGGAACACGAAUGAUAUGUCGAGGCUUCUCCCAAAAUGUCAUGCAAGCGGAAAUAUCAAGUGGUCAUUUUGCAACAAAUUAUGUGUUUCUUCCUAGAAUUCAAUUAUCACCACCAGAAAAUGAAGGAUACGCAUUUAAAUUCAUUCGAAAGCAAUUCCCGCUUUCUUGUCCCUACCUGGAAGAGCUAUACAUCCGGUACCUUGCAAGCAUAAGUGAUCUAUGCUCUCACCAACUUCCAACUGACUACUUCAACAAACUUCAAACAUUGAAAGUAAUGAGUUGUGGAGAAUUGAGAAACUUGAUGUCUCCAUCAGUGGCCAGUGGUGUUCGGAAUCUCCGAAUACUAGAGAUAGGACGUUGUCCAUCAAUGGAAGAAGUGAUCACGGAAGAGAAACAACAAGGACAAGAAACCAAGCCCUUAUUUCCUCUCUUGGAAAAGCUGAAGCUUUAUAGUCUACCUAAGCUAAGGCAUUUCUUUGUGACAAAGUGUGCUCUUGAAUUUCCAUGUCUCAUAGAAGUGAGGAUUGGUGAAUGCCCUGAAAUGAAGACGUUUAUCCAACAGGGAAUUAUGUGUGAGUACACUGAGUCUCAAAAGUGUGAACUUGGAUUAUAA